UGAGCUUCACCUCUCCAUCAGAUGGCGGGGAGCGCGCGCUGAGGGAACUUCACUGAGGCGCGCUCAUACUGAACAUGAACUCUCCACAGGAACGCUGAUUUUACUCGUUUACUGUCGCUUUGACGCGUUUGUGGAAGAACUGAGAGAAAAGUAGCGCGGACACGGACAAACCGAGGAUAUUUCAUCUGAAAGAUUUCUGUUUGGAGGCGGUUUGCCUGCUGUCUGUUGCAAGAGUGAUCUGAGGUAAACAAAUCACCGGACCCAACGAACCUUUCAUUGAACAAACAGUCACAGUUUUUCAUUUGGUCAGGUUUACAAUAAACUCCAUUUACAGACGUUGUGCCGAAUAUCAGAUUUUUUUGUCCGAUGAUGGGCAGAAGUGAUCAGACCGCGAGGAGAGCGCGAGGCGCAUCGGGAUUCAUACACACGAUCACUCUGAUGAUUUUUACUCUUUUAUUGCUCAUCAGCAUCGGAGCUGCUCAAGAUGACGACUAUCUCGGAUUGGGCGAACUCCCUGAGACCUUCCCCUCCGACCCGCCCGAGCCCCUCCCACACUUCCUGAUGGAACCGGAAGAGGCUUACAUCGUCAAGAACAAACCCGUCAAUCUCUACUGCAAAGCCACGCCCGCCACGCAGAUCUACUUCAAGUGCAACAGCGAGUGGGUUCAUCAGAAGGAACAUACGGUGGAGGAGCGCGUGGAUGAGACCUCAGGUCUGGUGGUUCGGGAGGCCAGUAUCGAGAUCACUCGUCAGCAGGUGGAGGAACUCUUUGGGUUGGAGGAUUUCUGGUGUCAGUGUGUUGCCUGGAGCUCAGCCGGGACCACCAAAAGUCGCAAGGCUCAUGUCCGCAUCGCCUAUCUGAGGAAAACCUUUGAUCAGGAGCCGCUGGGAAAGGAAGUGUCACUGGAACAGGAAGUGCUUCUGCAGUGCCGCCCACCUGAAGGAAUACCUGCAGCUGAGGUGGAAUGGGUGAAAAACGAGGAUAUAAUUGACCCUGCAGAUGACCGAAACUUCUACAUCACCAUCGAUCACAACCUGAUUAUCAAACAGGCCCGUCUGUCAGACACUGCUAACUACACAUGUGUGGCCAAGAAUAUCGUUGGCAAACGGCGAAGCACCACUGCGACCGUCAUAGUUUACGUUAAUGGAGGCUGGUCUACAUGGACCGAAUGGUCGGUUUGUUCUAGUCGCUGUGGCCGGGGCUAUCAGAAGAGAACGAGAAGCUGUACCAAUCCAGCACCUCUAAACGGAGGAGCCAUCUGUGAAGGCCAAGCCAUUCAGAAACUUGCCUGCAACCCCCUGUGUCCAGUGGACGGUCUGUGGACGGAGUGGAGUAAAUGGUCGACAUGCGGUACAGAAUGCACCCACUGGAGACGGCGAGAAUGCAGCGCUCCGGCACCUAAAAACGGCGGUAAAGAUUGCGAAGGAACCGUUCUCCAGUCCAAAAACUGUACAGAUGGACUCUGUAUGCAGACGGCUCCUAGCACAGAUGAUGUGGCCUUGUAUGUGGGCAUCGUCAUCGCCGUCAUCAUGUGUUUGGUCAUCUCGGUCAUUGUGGCGCUCUUUGUCUACCGGAAGAACCAUCGAGACUUUGACUCGGACAUCAUGGAUUCAUCGGCGCUCAAUGGUGGAUUUCAGCCGGUGAACAUCAAGACUGCUCGGACAGCUGAUCUUCUGACAGCACCUCCUGACCUGACGUCAGCUGCGGCCAUGUACAGAGGUCCUGUUUACGCUCUCCACGAUGUCGCAGACAAGAUCCCCAUGACCAACUCUCCUCUGCUCGACCCGCUGCCCAACCUGAAAAUCAAAGUGUACAACUCGUCCGGUAUGGUGACGCCUCAGGAGGACCUGUCUGACAUCUCGUCCAAACUCUCACCCAAACUCCCGCACGCUCUCAUCGACAGCGACACCAUCAGUCGCCGCACGCAGACUCUGAUGCGAUCACGGGACCCAUCCUGCACCGCGUUCGGUUCUUUCAAUUCUCUCGGAGGACAUCUGAUCAUCCCAAACUCAGGAGUGAGUUUGUUGGUACCAGCAGGUGCGAUCCCUCAGGGUCGAGUGUAUGAGAUGUUUGUGACCGUUCACAGAAAGGACACUAUGAGGCCACAGGUGGAUGACACGCAGACUGUUUUGAGUCCAGUGGUGAGUUGUGGUCCAACUGGAGCUCUCCUGACCCGACCCGUCAUCAUCACGAUGCACCACUGCGCCCAGCCCGACAGCGAGGACUGGCUUAUACAACUGCAGAGCCAAUCACAGCAGGGACAGUGGGAGGAUGUUGUGAUUGUAGGUGAGGAGAACUUCACCACCCCGUGUUAUAUUCAGAUGGACGAGGAGGCGUGUCACAUCCUCACAGAAACAUUAGGGACGUAUUGUCUAGUGGGUCAAUCUGUGAGCGCCGCCACCACUAAGAGACUGAAGCUGGCUGUGUUUGGACCUGUGAGCUGCACGCUUCUGGAGUACAACAUCAGAGUUUACUGUCUGGAUGACACUCAGGACGCACUCAAGGAGGUCCUUCAGAUGGAGAAGCAGAUGGGUGGAAAGCUGCUGGAUGAACCAAAGUCUCUUAACUUCAAAGACAGCACCCAUAACCUGCGUCUGUCCCUGCAUGAUGUCCCACACACUCACUGGAAAAGCAAACUGCUGGCUAAAUAUCAGGAGCUGUCGUUCCAGCAGGUGUGGUGCGGCUCUCAGCGUAAUCUUCACUGUACGUUUACUCUUGAACGUUUCAGUAUGACUACACUGGAUCUCUCCUGUAAGCUGUGUGUGAGACAGGUGGAGGGUGAAGGACAAAUCUUUCAGCUGAACACCACCCUGUCUGAGGACUCUCAGUGUAUCGACACGUCUCUUCUGGAUCCAGCCAGUAACAUCACCACACUUGUGGGUCCAAACGCUUUCCGGAUCCCUCUGUCAAUCCGACAGAAACUGUGCGGGAGUCUGGACGCCCCUCAGACCCGCGGGAACGACUGGAGGAUGCUGGCACACAAACUCAACCUGGACAGGUAUCUGAAUUAUUUUGCCACCAAGUCGAGUCCGACCGGGGUGAUCUUGGACCUGUGGGAGGCGCAGCACUUUCCCGACGGCAAUCUGAACCGACUGGCCGCCGUACUGGAGGAGAUGGGUCGCCACGAGAACAUCGUGUCCAUGGCAACCGAGCACUGACACCUGUCGGCGACGCCGGGCGCAGGAAGUUCCCGGGAGGAGAGAGAGCGAGUCACGGCGGGCGGCACCGAAUCGCUGCCAGAUCACUGUGACAUCAGCAGACCGGCUCGAACCGUCUGUUUCAUAAAACCAAUCCACUUCACAGAUGAGCAUCUAAAGAAACGCAGCCCUGCCGUCUGUACUUUUGUCAAAUCAGUUUCUUAGGAAACGCGACUUCUGCUGUCCAAAUACUGGACCCCGCCCUCCUUUACUGGGACUUGCAAUAGGAUAAUAAGAGCAGGAAGUGGGCGUGACCUACAGACAGGCAGGGCCAUAAACUCUUUAUUGUUUUCUUUUAAACUGCCUUGUUUUCUUUUCAUCCUUUCAUUUCUUUUUGCAAACAUGUUUGAGUGCUGGUUUGAGAUGUAGGUGGUUUUUCAGCGCCAUCCGGUGGACAGAACCUGCAACUACACACGUGAGCCUUCUGUAUAUAUGCAUUCACAACAGUGUAAAGUUUUACCAGUGUUAUUAUUCUUAAUGAUGAUCAUUUUCUUAUUGCGUUUUGUUGAAUAGUGACCUGUAUCUAAUUGCAAUUUAGUCAAAAAAAAAAGAUCUUUUAGGCGUUUUGUAAGUCUUCACGUGUUGACACCUGCUGCUUUGAAACAGAAACACAUGAGGGAGAAUAUCUGGAGACCAUUUCAGGAAAAGUCAGUGGUCAGAUCUCUCUCAUCUUCACCGCAUCAUCAACUCGAUUAUGUUCCAGGUCCAGACUUUGAUGUUUGGGUUUGUUGCAGCAUCUCGAGUUUAAGGCACGUGAGACUUUUGUUUGAAGAAACAGAGACAGAUGUGAGACGUGUGUGAGAAACGCUGGAUGCAUGGGAUGAUCGUAAUGAUCUCUAUCUGCUGCAGUAAAAGAAUUAAUUGUAAAAAGAAAAAUAGCCAUUUGAGUGUUUGCAAUUUACAGCACCGUCUCUGUUCACCAUCAUUUUCCUCGUACAAGUUUUUAAAAAGACUUUCUAAAGCUGUCUAUGCAAAUUCUGCAUCCUUUAUAAAAACGAAUUAUAUCUGCUAAAAACCGCUAGCAGUCGCUUUCCAUAGUUAUCAUAUGAUUAUAUUUAUAGUGAGGAUGUUACUUAUACUUUUAUGGCACGUUCAUGAUGUAAUUUGCAAACGCUUGCAUCUCUGUGAAGUUUCUGUACAAAAUGUAAGAAAGAAUUUUUAAACAAGUAAUAAAUUAUAUUUAUAUGCAACACUGAA